AUGUCGAGAGCUUUGUCAGUCCUUUGUGUCUUCCUCGCUCUGUCUGUCGUCCAUGCACGUGCUCGUCAAGUGCCGGGUGAGUUUGAUGAGAACAAGACGACGACACAUGACGAUACAACCACAACGCUCGUGCAUGCAAAUGCAGCUGAUCAGACACCACAAAAAAGCCUUGGCGACAAAAAAUGCAUCGGAGGAGUAGCAGGAGUCGGUGGUUUCGCGGGAGUUGGUGGUUACGCAGGCGUGGGAGGUCUAGGUAUGCCACUCAUUGGAGGUCUUGGUGGUAUUGGUAAAUACGGUGGCAUAGGCGGUGCAGCUGGAAUCGGUGGCUUUCAUGGCAUAGGCGGCGGUUUAGGCGGUGUUGGCGGCCUUGGUGGAGUCGGAGGUGGAAUUGGUAAAGCAGGUGGUAUCGGAGGCGUUGGUGGUUUAGGUGGUGGAAUUGGUAAAGCAGGUGGUAUCGGCGGUGUUGGCGGUCUAGGCGGAACCGGGGGUGGUAUAGGUGGAGUAGGUGGUGGUGGUGGUAUAGGCAAGGGAGGCGGUAUUGGGGGUAUUGGUGGCAUCGGCGGUGGACACGGCGUCGUUGGUGGAGUUGGCGGUGGGAUUGAUCCACAUCCUUGA